UUGAUGACACCUGGUGCGGCGUGGCUUGUUGUUUCCUCAUUAAUCCUACCUGUGCAGCCGACUGUCUUUUAAAUGGUCAGCAUAGGAGAACUCGACUUUUUCUUUAUGCAGUGCCUUCUUUUUUAGUUCCGAUGGCGUGUCGAGAGCGCGGGGGCUCAAAGAUUUUAUUGUAUGUUGGACUUUUUCUGCUUGCUUCCGGCACAUUUUGCCAAUGCUCCCGGCUGGCAGUUAAAUCAAGACGGAAUGCCCCGCCGAUUCCAAGCAAACGUGACGUUUCCUACAGCGGGCGGCUGUUGAUCUCCCAGCAGGUUGCCCCUCCGAACAAAGCCUCAAGUCACAUCUUGGAUGCGGAUUCAGAUUACCAAGGAGAUAUGGGGUGGGAUUUUUACAAGCAAGCCAGUAUGCAGGAUGAACAUUUUUCCAAAGCGGUGACACAUCAGCUCAUUAAAAUGGAUCCAAAGGUGGAAUGUACGACAGACUCUAUGAAACUUCAAGUCCAAGAUGUUGCUUCCACUCCUGGAUCGCUGAUUUGGGUGGAUAGGGGUAGCCUGGCUCCGUUGCCUCUAUCCAAGCUGCCACAAAGCUGUGGUUACACCAUCGGGGAAACGCAAAACGAAAUGUUCUUGGUUACCCCUUAUGAUGGUUGUUUUGUCACUCUGGAGGGGGAUUCUUAUGUGCUACCAUUACUUUGGUGGGGUUUACCAAUGAGGAUGUCAUGCCCUGUGACGAGACCUUCAUCCAGCCCACCAAUGGUCACAUGCCAUACAGAAGGCAUGAUUGUGAAAACGGAGUGGAGAGUCCCACUCUCUAGAAUUAAAAUAAAUGUGAACGGAAAAUGGGAGCUGAUAAAUUCUGUAUUACAUAAAUGUGGGAUCGGCGUAGUGGAUCAUGGUGAAGGUGUGGUCCUGUCUGUCAACUAUGGUGCCUGUGUGGAGAAGAAGGAUGGGAUGUACACUUUUGAAUUGGCUGGUGAAGGAACAACUAAGAUUUCAUGUCCAUCAAUGGCCCCAGGUUUAUCUGAACCGACAACAAGCCCAACACCCACAAAAUUGGAACCACCAAACAUAGGCUUGAUUCCCUCACACUCAUUCUAUUAUCCACCUUCAAGUCACUCCAAACCUGUGGUACCACCCAACCUCAGGCCUGUUGGAAAUCCAUUACAACCUGAAUCCCCUUAUGGUCACGGAGAGCAGCCAGUGAACCCUCUUGUACCUGUACGACCUGAAAAUGAACCCAAACCUUCGCCGCAGUUUUCACAACAGCAAACGCCUGAUACUCAAUCCUAUCUCUUCCCCUACCCACUUAAUCCUACACCUGACCCUGUACAAAAGCCCCCGGCUGCUCCACAUGAAACUGAAGUCCCUUCAGUGGAGAAGCCAACCGAUCCUUAUCCAUAUCCACGUUACCAUAUGCCCAGUCCUAACGAACCCACCAAUAAACAAAUGCCCAAUCCACAAAUUCAUGAGGUCACUCCAGGCCCAAUCCUAAAGAACCAGCCAAAACUCAAAUGCCAGAUCCAUGGCCGUUCAAACCACCAGACCUUGGAGUCGCCCAUGAACAAGUGA